AUGCAAGCAUAUGCUUUAUCUGAUGUUGCUCAUAGGUGCAGUACUGUAUUGGAGGCUGCUGAGUCAUUGUCACCAAAUAUGGGGAAUGCUGAAAUUCACUUAGAUGCAAAAGACCUUGGUGAUACAAUCAAAGAAGAAAAUAAAGCAACAAGUCAAAACAAAGCAAAGGCUAUGAUAUUUCUUCGCCACCACCUCCAUGAGGGUCUUAAGAUUGAGUACUUGACUGUGAAAGAUCCACAAGUCCUUUGGAGUAAUCUAAAGGAAAGACACAAUACCGUGAAAAGGAUUUUAAGAAAUAUUCUGAACUUAUAUCUUGUCUCCUCUGUGGAGCAAAAUAACGAGUUAUUGAUGAAAAAUCAUGAAUCACGUCCAACUGGUUCUGCUCCAUUCCCUGAAGCGAAUGCGACAUCCCAUAAUGGGAAAGAAAAAUAUCAUGCCAACAAUAGUGGUCGAGGACGUGGACGUGGAUAUGGACAUGGUCGAGGUCGUGGACGUGGAUACAGAUAUGGUUGA